GCUGCCAAACGGUGAUGCCACGAACAAAGAUCCUUUACAUUCCUCGUAUCGUCACCGUCUGAGUGAUUAGUGCUAGCUCAAAACGUAUUUUUCGCCAUGAAGGCCUUUUUAAUUUAGUUAAAUUAGUUAUCAAAUACCUGCUCCGAGAAUUAGGUAGUACUCCACGCGGGAUUCUAACCUGAACCGAUCUGCAUCAACGAUGCUCAAUUGAACACCCAAAUUGGGACCGCUGACACUAAACGAAAUUUAUAACUCUCUCUCUCCUCCCACUGAAAUACAAUCGCAAUGAACUCGCCAAACUGCGACGAUUUUUGAGUUAUAAAUCCGGAAAAUAUCAGCACCCGUUGCCCAGCUCGGCAACAAUUACUAAAAGUUAACCGUUUUAUGGCAGGAAUCAGAGGUCCAGACUUCACCAAUAACAGUUACAUAGCAACCCAGGGUCCUAUGUCAUCGACCAUUUUUGAGUUUUGGUUGAUGGUUUACCAAAACGUCGAAAAAAUUGUUGAGGAAGACACGGAUAGAUCUAUUCUCGUUAAACAAAAGAUAAUAAUGCUAACAGACUUUGUGGAAAACAGUCGACAGAAGUGUGCAGUAUAUUUUCCACAGCAACUUAAUGAAUCGAUGGUAUUUACUAGCCAAACCACAGACAAAACGCAAGCUGUACUAUCCAGGAAUGCAAACGUCGUCAACGAUAUUCUUAAUUUUGAAACGCGGCAAAUUUCGAGGCCAACCGUUCCUGAUAUUAAUUUUAAUUAUUUUUUCAUUACCAAUGUCGGUAUCUGUCUUAAAAAUGGCUAUAGCACGCGUAAGCUAGUGGUGAUUUAUUCAUAUCAAGCGAAUAGUAAAAAUCUUGAAAUAUGCAAAGCAUUCGAAGUUUAUCACUAUUGGUUCCCAGACUGGCCAGACCAUAGAUCUCCAGAAGAUAUUGAUGUCUUACUCGAUAUAAGUCUGGAUAUACUCGACAGUGACUGCAGUGAUGAUUUUGAAACAAAGACAAAUACUUCACCGACAAAGCUAGCCUGUGCCCUACCAAUAAUUCAUUGUUCUGCAGGAAUUGGUAGGACUGGAUGCUUGUUGGCAAUUUUGAACGGUUUAAAUCAAAUUCGUGCUUCAAUUAAUUUAAUUGAUCGUUCAGAAGAUCAAACUCAAGGAGAUAAUGAUCUAACAAAUACACCAUUGGAAAUACAACAGCGUCAAAGCUCAACCUGGAUUAGCAAUCAAGUGGGUGUUGACAUACUAGGAAUCGUAUGUAAUCUGCGGCUUCAGCGUGGAGGAAUGGUUCAAAACUCUGAACAGUACGAGCUUAUUCAUAGGGCUUUGUGUUUGUACAUGCAAUCAUCGGGCAUUAGAAGGAAAGCUCAUGUAAAUAAGCGCUGCUAGUCUUGCUAUGGAUUAUAACCUUUGACGGAACUUUUAGUAAAGAAAUCUAAGAGUGUCUACUGAGUGGUUCUCUACGAUUUCGCAAAUCGA